AUGGGAAAGAUCACCUUCUAUGAGGACAGGAACUUCCAGGGUCGGCACUAUGAGUGCAGCUCCGACUGUGCCGACCUCUCCCCUUACUUCAGCCGCUGUAACUCCAUCCGUGUUGACAGUGACUGGUGGGUGUUGUACGAGAGACCCAACUACAUGGGAUACCAGUAUGUCCUGAGCAGGGGAGAGUAUCCUGACUACCAGCGCUGGAUGGGAUUCAGUGACUGUGUCAAGUCCUGUCGCAGUUACCCACCUUACCAAGGGGGCACCUACAGGAUGAAGAUUUACGAGAAGCCUGACUUUGCAGGACAGAUGAUGGAAUUCAUGGAUGACUGUUCCUCAGUCUACGAUCGUUUCCAUUGCCGUGACAUCCACUCCUGUCAGGUGUUGGAUGGUUACUGGAUCUUCUAUGAACAUCCCAACUACAGAGGCCGACAGUACUUCCUGAGACCAGGGGAAUACAGGAGAUACAUUGACUGGGGUGGCUACAACUCAUCCGUUGGUUCCUUUAGACGAAUGAGGGACAUCUAUAACCAGCUCGAAUCACUCCAGGCAGGCACCAACCCCAGCAUUCGCAAACCUGAAUGUUAUAUUACAGCUAUUUAUUUCUUCCCACAGAUCAUCUUCUACGAGGACAGGAACUUCCAGGGUCGGCACUAUGAGUGCAGCUCCGACUGUGCCGACCUCUCCCCUUACUUCAGCCGCUGUAACUCCAUCCGUGUUGACGGUGACUGGUGGGUGUUGUACGAGAGACCCAACUACAUGGGAUAUCAGUAUGUCCUGAGCAGGGGAGAGUAUCCUGACUACCAGCGCUGGAUGGGAUUCAAUGACUGUGUCAAGUCCUGUCGCAUAGUGAAUCUGUACCGAGGGGGCACCUACAGGAUGAAGAUUUAUGAGAAGCCUGAAUUUGGAGGGCAGAUGAUGGAAUUCAUGGACGACUGUCCCUCUGUCUACGAUCGUUUCUGUUACCGUGACAUUCACUCCUGUCAGGUGAUGGAUGGUUACUGGAUCUUCUAUGAACAUCCCAACUACAGAGGCCGACAGUACUUCCUGAGACCCGGGGAAUACAGGAGAUACAUUGACUGGGGCGGCUACAACUCAACUGUUGGUUCCUUUAGACGAAUGAGGGACUUCUAG